UCAUCAAGGUAAGAAAGGUGCUCUUAUAAAGAGCUCCAGGUUGUCUUCAGUCACUUGUUGUGUUCAGACUGGUUCAGUUGUUUGGUUUGGUAGGAGCUGACAGACGUGACUGCUGCUUCACUGGACUACAACUGUGGCUGAAGCCAUGAGGUUCCUCUUGAGAUGGUUGCUGUUGUCCUUGCUAGCUGUUGGAGGAGGACAUCCUGCAAAUGCUUACCAUAUUGGAUCUGCUGAGAAGUAUGGAGAUAAUGAAGUGCCAGUUGCAGGCCAUCAACCAGAUUCAAGUGGCUUUAACACUGGAGGCAGAACUUCAUGGAGCACUUGGCCACUUGGUGGUGGUGAUUCAACCUCCAAUGCAUAUAAGUCACAGGUAGUGGAGUCUGGUUCUCAGCCCCGGGACCCCCAGCAGCCACGCUACCCGCCCAACCAGCAGCCUCGGCCGCAGUUGCCCCAGCAGCCUAGCUACCCUUCCAAGCCUGAACCGCAGCCUCAGCCGCAGUUGCCCCAGCAGCCUAGCUACCCUUCCAAGCCUCAACCGCAGCCUCGGCCGCAGUUGCCCCAGCAGCCUAGCUACCCGCCGCAGCCUCGGCCGCAGUUGCCCCAGCAGCCUAGCUACCCGCCUCGGCCGCAGUUGCCCCAGCAGCCUAGCUACCCGCCUCGGCCGCAGUUGCCCCAGCAGCCUAGCUAUCCGCCCAAGCUGCAGCCUCGGCCGCAGUUGCCCCAGCAGCCUAGCUAUCCGCCCAAGCCUCGGCCACAGUUGCCCCAGCAGCCUAGCUACCCGCCUCAGCCGCAGUUGCCCCAGCAGCCUAGCUACCCGCCCAAGCCUCAACCGCAGCCUCGGCCGCAGUUGCCCCAGCAGCCUAGCUACCCGCCCAACCAGCAGCCUCGGCCGCAGUUGCCCCAGCAGCCUAGCUACCCGCACAAGCCUCGGCCGCAGUUGCCUCAGCAGCCUAGCUACCCGCCGAAGCCUCAGCCACAUUUGCCUCAGCAGCCUAGUUACCCACCCAAGCCGCAACCUUGGCCGCAGUUGCCCCAGCAGCCUAGCUACCCGCACAAGCCUUGGCCGCAGUUGCCCCAGCAGCCUAGCUACCCGCCAAAGCCUCAGCCACAGUUGCCUCAGCAGCCUAGCUACCCGCCGCAGCCUGGACCGCAGUUGCCCCAGCAGCCUAGCUACCCGCCAAAGCGGCAGCCUCAACCACAGUUGCCACAGCCUCGGCCACAGUUGCCUCAGCAGCCUAGCUACCCACCCAAGCUGCAACCUUGGCCGCAGUUGCCCCAGCAGCUUAGUUACCUGCCGCAGUUGCCCCAGCAGCCUAGCUACCCGCCUCAGCCUCGGCCGCAGUUGCCCCAGCAGCCUAGCUACCCGCCUCGGCCGCAGUUGCCCCAGCAGCCUAGCUACCUGCCUCGGCCGCAGUUGCCUCAGCCUCGGCCGCAGCUGCCCCAGCAGCCUAGCUACCCAACCAAGCCGCAACCUCGGCCGCAGUUGCCCCAGCAGCCUAGCUACCCAACCAAGCCGCAACCUCGGCCACAGUUGCCCCAGCAGCCUAGCUACCCAACCAAGCCUCAGCCUCGGCCGCAGUUGCCCCAGCAGCCUCGGCCACAGUUGCCCCAGCAGCCUAGCUACCCAACCAAGCCGCAACCUCGGCCGCAUUUACCCCAGCAGCCUAGCUACCCAACCAAGCCGCAACCUCAGCCGCAGUUGCCUCGGCUGCAGUUGCCCCAGCAGCCUAGCUACCCGCCCAAGCCGCAGCCUCAACAGCCUUUCUACCGGCCCCAGAUGCGACGCUACCAGCCCGAGCUACCUCAGGUUUCUCAGCAGCAACGCUACAAUGAGUAUCCAAGUUUUGCCCAACGAGCUGCUCCCCAAAUGGGCACCGCCAACACUGGAGGUUCCUCAAAGACUGCCUUCAACUGAGCCUUUGUGUUGACUUGUCAAAUCUAAAUAAACUCCUUGUAUCAAGUAGU